CCUGCAGAAAAGUGUAAAAAACACCGGUUUAUUUUGUGAUUGUAUUGCGAAACUGGCUAAACACGGACUGGGUUGAGCAAGCUAAAUUCCACCACAGUGCGAAACAUAUGCGUUCACCGAUGGCUGCUGAUUAGUUAGUUUUUUUUGUGUGUUCCGGUUGUGUAGCUGCUGUAUAGGUACACAGUUUUAGUCAGUGCGAAGAUCAAGUUCAUUGAGUACAUGCAAGUACACCAUUUGCACGCAAACGUCUGCGUUGAUUCCAAGUUAGAAUGGAGAAGGAAAGACGCAUUCGCAGGUUCUCACUACUGCUGCUAGAGCCGGGUGAAAUCUAUUUCGAAGAUUUCUCCGUCGAUCUACUACCGACGCACGAUGGACAUAGUUCCAGCAGAAGCAAGCCUUCUUCCUCAAUGCCAACCGCGACGACGAUUGGUCGUCUGAAAAUGUGCUCGAAAUCGGUGGUCUUCGAAGCGAAAGACAACCUAAGGCUGCCACUCAUCAAAGUAGCCUACAAAGACUGCCUGCAGAUCCGUCGCUGGGAACCGUCCAGUCUCAGCUCGUCGGACUGCAACGUACUGGCCAUCGAAUGCAGUCAGUACACGGAAAUGCUCAACGAGAAUGUAGUUCAGCCCUAUCAGUUCCGCCAGGAACGUCGCACAUUUCUGUUUAGCUUUCACUACGCCAAACUGGAGGACUACCUCCAGCAGCUGUGCCAGCUUCAUCGCGCUUCGACCUUGCAUGCCUACGAGCAGAACAGUAUGAUCGCAACCAUCGUGUUCUCGCGCCACAACCGGGUGAAAUUUAAUCCCCUGUGGUUGGAGAACCUGUACGAGAAAAUCAUCGUCGACUACCAGGUGGACGAAAUUAAUCCUCUCGUGGUGAAUCCCGGCCGGUUGCUCUUGACGAAUGUCUUUGUCUACUUUCAACCGUACAACAACAUUCAAACGUACCCCGUGCUGAAAAUUCGUCUGAAAUCGAUUAAAAGUUUCCUCAAGCGUCGGUUUUUGCUGCGCCACGUCGGCCUAGAGCUCAAGUGGUCCCAACCGGGGGAACGUGAACGUCUGCUGUACGUAUCGUUCCGCGGGCAGCCGGAGCGAGACGAUUUUUACGCCAACGUGCUGGAACAGGAGGACUUUUCCGUUGUCGAACAAAUUCCGGAAAGCAUAACCUUAAAGUGGCAAAAUGGACUCAUCUCGAACUACGACUAUCUGCUGUAUCUGAACAGUUUGGCCGAUCGGACGUACCAGGAUCUGACGCAGUAUCCGGUGUUUCCGUGGGUGAUCAGCGAUUACAGUUCGGAUCGGUUGGAUCUGAACGAUCCGGUCGUCUAUCGGGACCUCACCAAACCGAUCGGAGCGUUGAACGAGGAGAGAUUACAAAGACUGAGGGAGCGCUACGAAGAGAUGGGUGAACCGAAGUUUCUGUACGGUUCGCACUAUUCGGCUCCCGGACUGGUUCUGUUCUACCUGGUGAGGAAGUAUCCCAAGUUGAUGCUUUGUCUGCAGAACGGCCGAUUCGAUCAUCCCGACAGGAUGUUCAACAAGGUCGAGGAUGUGUACAGUAACUGUCUGAACAAUAUGGCUGAUUUUAAGGAACUGGUUCCGGAGUUUUAUGACACGGAAAACAGGGGAGAUUUUCUGGUGAAUAAGAUGAAGAUCAGUUUCGGUCAGCGCUUUGAUGGGACCCCCGUAAAUAACGUACAACUGCCAAAGUGGUCCGACGGUUCGCCGGAGAAAUUUGUACGCUUACUAAGGGAUGCCCUGGAGUCGGACUUUGUAUCCGCCAAUUUGCACCAUUGGAUUGAUCUGAUUUUCGGUUACAAACAGAGGGGCGAAGAAGCCGUUAAAGCAAACAAUUUAUUCUACUACCUGUGCUACGAAGGCUCGGUGGAUUUGGACCAAAUCAAAGACCUGGCGAAACGGCACGCACUCGAGGUACAGAUAUCGGAAUUUGGACAAAUUCCAAAGCAACUCUUCCGGACGCCACACGUUUCGAAGUUGCUCAAAAUUGAGACUCCUCUAAAUAGCGGUAGUAUUCUAUCGCCAACCGACGGUGAAGUGCGAAUCGAACUGGAUGCCCAGUAUCACUCCCACAAGGACGAAAUCACUUCGCUGCUGCUGGAGGAAACGAUGGGUAGCAUCUUCACGACCAGCAAGGACGGCACCUUUAAGUGUUACAGUUUGACCGAGCGGCGACAGACACGCAGCGUCCAGAUCAGCGAUAUGCCACUGAGCGCGGCCCGGAUGACCAGCGAGAAGUCCAUGAUUUUAGGAUGUUGGGAUAAUAGCAUAAUAAUUUACAAUUUAGACUACGGAAGAAUUUCCCAGGUGAUACCAGCCCAUGACGACGCGGUUUCCUGUUUGUCCAGUGUGAACGGAAGUGAUUUGCUGGUGUCCGGAAGCUGGGACUGCAGCGUGAAGAUAUGGAACAACUUCCACAUCGAUGCGGUGAUCGGCUACCUAUCGCUGGAGGAUAAGAUCGUUUGUUUGGACACCUUCCAGGCGGGUAACAGUCUGAAAGUAGUGGUUGGCGCUGCCAGUGGAGAGGUCUACCUCUGGAAAGUAACGCUGAAAUGUAACAGCCGGCGGCAGCCGAUCGAUGUCGACGGGCAGGAACACAGCGUGGUCGUUCUGCACCGAGAUGGGGGCGUUUGUGCGGCCCGAUUCAAUCGAACCUGUUCGCUGAUCGUGAGCUGCGGGGAGGAUCGUAUGUUCAACAUAGUGGACAUCGAAACCGGAAUGGUGAUAUUCAAGCGGGAAAUGGCGAACGUGAUAGGGACCGUUUGCUGGACGAAGGACGACAAGUAUCUGCUGCUGGGCGACCGGGACGGUGUGCUCUACGUGUGGAAUAUGCUCGAUGGGGUGAUACAGAGGGAACUUGCGGUGCAUUCCGGUGGCGUUUACUGCAUCGGAAGCACUCGACAGGGUCAGAUUAUAACCAGUGGAAAAGACGAUCGGGACUAUUGUGUCAAAAUAUGGAGGUGCAAUUUGUGAGUAUGAGUUUGAGGCCGAGUGCCUAUUUCUCUUUGUUUAGCUUGUGUUUACGAACAAAGUCAGCAUUUCGUCCGUUGACAAGAGUUUUUACAGUGUUGUUUUAUGUUCCUUUUGUAUGUCUGUAGCAAAUAGUAAAGAAUCUCGUCUACUAGUUU